UGUUAUUUGUCUAAGUGACUGCUAAAAGAGGUGGAGAGUGCAAAUAGGAUAGGAUUUGCUGACUUUGCUGGAGUUUAACAGACAAUUUCAGGCGGCUGAGUUGCAGUCUGGUCUGAGGCAUCAUGGGGAGAACUGUGCUGCAGCUCACCAUCCUCGGGCUUCUGCUGGCUUCAGCUCCCACACUCACAAAGAAGGAGGACUGGGACAUCUACAGCUUUCACAUCAACUCCACUGUGACCAGUCGUUAUGCCACUACGGUCAUCACAAGCCGUGUGGUCAAUCGGAUGGAUGAGUCAAAGGAAAUUGAAUUUCAUGUUCAGAUUCCUAAGAAUGCCUUCAUCAGUAAAUUCAGAAUGUUUAUGGAUGAUCAGGUGUACGAUGGUGUGGUAAAAACAAAGGAGCAAGCUCAACAGCAGUACACAGAGGCUGUGUCCAGUGGCCAAAGUGCUGGGAUUGUCAGCUCUGUUGGGCGAACCCUGGAGGAAUUUAAGACAUCUGUAACUGUGGCUGCUCACAAAAAGGUGACCUUUGAACUCACAUAUGAGGAAUUAUUGAAACGCACACAUGGCAAAUAUGAGCUGCAAAUUCAUGCUAGACCCAUGCAGCCCGUCAAAGACUUCAAGAUUGACGUGUACAUCCACGAGAACUCUGGCAUCAGUUUCAUCGAUGUGAAAGGAGGUCUGAGCACCAAAGACUUGGCUAAUGCCAUCACCAAAACCGUUUUAGACAAACAGGCAUGGGUGUAUUUCUAUCCAACCGCGGACCAACAGAAAACCUGUGACAGCUGUGGAGAACAUGGUAUGAAUGGAGAUCUGAUCAUUGCCUAUGAAGUCAAGAGAGACUCUGGAAUCGGAGACCUCAAGAAAUCAGAUGGGUAUUUUGUCCAUCACUUUGCCCCUACUGAUCUUCAAAGAAUACCAAAAAAUGUUGUCUUCGUUAUUGAUCAAAGUGGUUCAAUGAGGGGUAUAAAAAUUGAGCAGACAAAAACAGCUUUAGGCCACAUCUUGAACGACUUAGAAGAGGAUGACUUCUUUGGUCUAAUCACUUUUGACCAUGACAUUUUCCACUGGAAACAAGAACUUGUCCAGGCCACCAGUGAUAAUUUACAAGGAGCCAAGAAUUUUGCCGAGAACAUUCAAAGCAGAGGAUCAACAAACAUUAAUGCAGCGGUGCUGGAAGGAGCACGCAUACUGAAUGCAAAUCCCAGGGAGGGUUCAGCAUCUAUUCUUAUACUUCUCACAGAUGGAGACCCAACUUCAGGAGUGACAAAUCAAAAACAAAUACAGUCAAAUAUAAGAAAAGCCAUUGCAGGAAAAUUCCCUCUCUACUGUCUUGGCUUUGGGUUUGAUGUCAAUUUUGAGUUCCUGGAGAAAAUGUCACUGCAGAAUAGUGGUGUGGCGAGACGGAUUUAUCAGGACUCUGAUGCUGAUCUACAACUGAAGGGUUUUUAUGAAGAGGUGGCCAUCCCUCUGUUGACAGAGGUGACCAUGAUCUAUAUUGGUGGGACCAAUCUAACCCAAACUAACUUCAGUCAGUAUUACAAUGGUUCUGAGAUUGUAGUGGCCGGUGAGAUCACUGACAACAACAUUGAAACCUUCACUCCACAAGUUGUGGCUAUUUCAAAGGACAGAAAGGUGGUAUUUUCUCAAACAAAUACCUCCAUGGUGACCUCUACUGAAACGGUGUCUGUGGACCUCAUCCAGAGGGUUUGGGCCUACCUCACAGUCAAGCAACUUCUGGAGAAAGAGUUGCUGUUAUCUGGAUCAGAGCAAGAGAAAGUAAAGAAAGAAGCCUUGGACCUAUCUUUGAAAUACAACUUUGUGACCCCGCAUACAUCCAUGGUGGUCACCAAACCCCAAGGCGAGAGCACAGAUGUCCUUAACAAACCCAAGGAGGGUGAAGUCCCUCAAUUGAAACACACCGGACGCAGGAUUGCUGGUGCAUCUGGCACACAUUUACAAACAAGUGGGCAAAGAAUGGGACCACUUGGCUUUCCAGGAUUUCGGUAUUUCUCCUCUGGACAUCCUCAAGGAGAUCCUGUUCAUCAUGGCCUCCAAGUGCAUCAUUCGUUCUCUGCGGGAAAUCCUCAAAGAGAUCGUGUUCAUCAUGGCUUCCGAGGCAAGAAGUUAAAAUUACUCGAACCAUCCAGCAAUAUUUUGCUCACAGCGCAAGCACCCAUGCUAAUGGACUUUUUGAUGACUGAUUACUCUGCCCCAGAAUUUCUACCAACAGUGAGACCAACAAUGACAAUGGGAUCAACUUUUGGUUCCAUUUCCCACAGGUUUUUGCUAAAAACUGAGAGUCAGUCUCCCUCACUUUGCUUUGACGUUAGCGGAGCCGUCAUCCUCAAACUCCUUCAUCAUCCCAGCAGGGAUCUGUUUGUAAAUGGUGAACUGGAUUCCAUAACAAAUGGGGGAUUUCAAAAGAUAGUCAUCCAUCUCAAAACAGACCAGCAUAUUGAGAUUGACUCGCAGGGAAUCAAAGUCAAAGACGGACAGAUGGUGAUAAAUUACACUGCUCCGGAUCCCCUGUCGGAUGGAAGUAUGACAAUAAUCAAGCGGAACAACGAAAUAGAUAUUGAAGCUGAGGACAUCCGAAUUGUCAUCUUGAUUCACAUAAAGGACGGCAUGGAAUUCUAUUGGCCAGUUUUAAGACGGAGACCAUCUGCUGGUGACACCGAGGGACUGCUAGCUCUGAAGCCAGCAAUGUACAAUGAAGUGCAAGAAAAUCCCAUCACAAAAGUCAAGAUGGGAGAUGAAGAGAUCGAAGCUAUAAAUUCAACUGCUGUUGACUACAGUGUUGGGUCUCCUGUGUCAGUGCCUUGCUGGCUCAUUUCAGCUGACGAUGCCCUGCAGAAAUCUCUGAAUGAUUUCUUUGUCACAAAACUUUAAUCAGAAACUCUGUUAGAUAAUUUUUACAAUCAAUCCAUCCAUCCAAUAUUGUUACCGCUUAUUCCCUAAUGGGGUCGAAGGGGGACUGGAGCCUAUCCCAGAAGUCAAUGGGCGACAAAAAACAAAACAAAGAAACAUAACCUGUUUUUAAUUAACAUAAACCAACAAAAGCUAUCUUUUUUUUUUGUAUCAGACAUAAACUUAAUUAAAAACUAAAAGUAUCCAUUAUAUGAUGACUGCAUGUUAUUCCAAACUUUCCAAAAGUUAGGAAAUUUUCCAAAAUUAAACAAGAAAAUUUAUACCUGUCAAAUAUGUUGUUGUUUUCAACUAUUUCUUUCACAGAUACAAAUACAUAAUAAAUGUUUCUGCUCUGUUUACUGACUGUUCUCAUUUUAUUUACAAAGCCAAGCACAUCUUACUGUUGUUGCAACUUAUUCACUCGAAACAAGUUUAGAUAGAGGCAUGUUUACCUUUGUGUAACCCCUCCUUUCAAUUGCACAAUGAUUGUUUGACAUCUGAGGAAUUUAUUACUGCCUCAGUCUUCCCUUUCGCAUUUAAAGCAGCAUGCUUUGUUGUUCUGAUGGAUCCUGCAUCGACUCAUCUGAUGACGGAACAUGUCACGUGCCAAAUUGUAUAGAUUAUAAAAAAAUUCAAGUACUCAUUUCCAAGCAAAUAGGAUGUGAAAUGCGGUAAAUAAAAGUGGAAACAUUUGCAAAA